CUAUUGCCCCAGCAUUCUCGCCUGUAGGAAACACAGCCAUCUUGGAUCUGCGAGGAGAGGGUAAAUUAAUGCGGUGACAAACGGAAUGUUCAGUGCAACGAGAAAGAAGUUUGGGGAGGGGGUCGAAAGUGACUACCCUGAUGAGAGCAUAUACUAUGGCCAGACGUCAAUGUUCCCGCAUCGAUCGGAGAAAGACAUGCUGUCAUCUCCCUCGCCGUCAUCGUCAGGUCAAUUGUCACAGCUUGGUGCGAGUUUGUAUGGUCCGCAAAGUGCACUAGGUUUCUCAAUAAGGGGCAUGAGCAACAACAACCCUCAAUUGAACCGGAGUUUAACACAAGGCACUCAGUUACCGAGCCAUAGCACCCCAACAACAGGCGUCCCAACAAUGUCCCUCCACACACCAUCUUCGCCGAACAGGGGCAUCCUGCCUAUGAACUCCAGGAACAUGAUGAGUUCGCAGGUAGGGCAGGGCAUGGGCAUGAGCGGCAGGACCAACAGCAUGGGCAGCUCUGGCCUGGGUAGCCCUAACCGCAGCUCUCCCAGCAUUAUCUGCAUGCCCAAGCAGCAGCCAGCACGCCAGCCAUUCACCAUCAACAGUAUGUCAGGAUUUGGAAUGGGCCGGAGCCAGGGGUUUGGCAUGAACUCCUUAUCCAAUAACAUCUUCAACGGGACAGAUGGGAGUGAAAAUGUAACAGGAAUAGACCUCUCAGAAUUCCCAGCACUUGCAGACAGAAGUCGGAGGGAGGGAAACGGCAACCCAACACCGUUGCAUAAUCCGCUGGCUGGAAGGGCACCCUAUGUUGGAAUGGUCACAAAGCCAUCGAACGAACAGUCGCAGGACUUUUCCAUUCACAACGAAGACUUCCCAGCCCUGCCCGGGCCCAACUACAAGGACCCGACAUUGAGCACGGAUGAAAGCAAAUCAAGCUUGAACUCUUCAGGAAAGGGCAGCUCAAGUGCAGAUGGACCCAAGUUUCCUGGCGACAAGACAUCAUCAGCACAGAAUAACAACCAGCAAAAGAAGGGGAUCCAGGUGUUGCCUGAUGGCAAGGUAACAAACAUUCCCUUAGGAAUGGUGACAGAUCAGUUUGGAAUGAUUGGACUCCUGACAUUCAUCCGGGCAGCUGAGACGGACCCUGGGAUGGUUCACCUGGCUUUAGGAAGUGACCUAACAACGCUAGGACUCAACCUCAACUCUCCGGAGAAUCUGUAUCCUAAGUUUGCAUCUCCCUGGGCUUCAGCUCCAUGUCGACCACAAGACAUUGACUUCCAUGUUCCCUCAGAGUACUUAACCAACAUUCACAUAAGGGACAAGCUGGCUGCAAUAAAACUGGGACGAUACGGUGAAGACCUGCUGUUUUACCUCUACUACAUGAACGGAGGAGACCUCCUACAACUCCUCGCUGCUGUUGAGCUCUUCAACCGGGACUGGCGGUACCAUAAAGAGGAAAGGGUUUGGAUCACAAGAGCACCUGGCAUGGAGCCCACGCUAAAGACCAACACCUACGAGAGAGGAACAUACUACUUCUUUGAUUGUCAUAACUGGAGGAAGGUCGCUAAGGAGUUUCACCUGGAAUACGACAAGCUAGAGGAGCGGCCUCACGUGCCAACCACCUUCAAUUACAAUCCGGCCCAGCAGGCCUUCUGAAGCCGAGUCCGUCAGCGGCAACAGACAGACAGCCGACCUGCCUGACCACAAAAAACCUGGUUUUAUUCCUCAACUUCUGGACUAGGACUGCGGGAGGGGGAGGGGGGCGGCGGGGGUCUCCACCUUGAGAACUGGGGGGAGGGGCCCUGCCUUACAAAUUAUGUGCUGCCCGAACACAAAACUUCUGUAUAUUUUCAUUCUGUUUUUAAAUUCCCCUCUUACGUUUUUUUUCUUCUUCUCCCUCCAUUUCAUUUCGAGCAGGGUCAAUGUUUUGUUUACUCCUCUGAUGGAAAGCCCCUUUUGGUGUUUGCCUGGAGUCUUUGAAGUUGCAGUACAGCACACAAACUCAUCCAUUGGUAUUCAAGAGAAAAACGCAGUUCGCGCUUUGUUUUCCGAAGUGCGCUGCGCUAACAAACAGGACAAAGACAAAGACAAAUCCAAUACAUGUGAAUACACAAGGGCAAAAGAAAAUGCAAUGUUCAUUGUUGCACUAUUUAGUAAUAAAAGAACACAAAAAUUGUUUUCUGCUUUUUUUUUUAAUGUGGGAAAACUCGCUCCACUCCCGUCGUCGUCUGGAAGGACGGUUCCCUGUCAUUAACAUCAAGGAGGUGCUUUUUUUUUUCUUUUCGUUUUCCCCUAUUUUCUUUCAUUUCCCGUUUCGCUCAUCCGGUGAGGUGUUUCUUGCUUGGCGUCAAUAAAUCCCAAUCAGACUGUUUCAGUGACCGUUGUUGGGCACAACCCGUGGACCAGGCGGUUGUGAGCUUACCGAGAAACAAUGUUCCAGAAUGAAUACGAACCCUUUUCAGUCUUUGUUACGAUUUUGUAAUAAACGUGUACAUUUUUUUAAUUUUUUGACAUCACAUGAAUAAAGAUAUGUAUGUAUGAAUGUGUAUAUACAUGAUAUAUAUAGAUAGAUGUAUCUAUAUAUAUAUAUAUACAUGGCGUCUAUUUUGGAAGAAGUACCUAUGCUUGACCUCGUUUUUAGGAGGUGAACAGAAAUGGCAUUAUGUGGUAGAAGCAAAAAACGCAAAAGACAAAAAAAAAAUUAGUGAACAGUAUGUUAAGCUGCCAGACGGGGGAAUCACGUUUGUUACCCUGUGCACUUAAAGACCAAUUCAACUAAACGAAUUAAGGCGACAAGGAAGGCCCGAGCGAGGACAUCUGUAUUGCGGGAAAAAGAAAAAAAACAAAACAAGGAGGUGGAGACAUUUCAGCUGCAGCUAUUUGAAUAGAAGCAUUUCGUAGGAAAGGGAAACCCCAUAGUACGAAAAACAGACCAAUCUUGUAUUUUCUGACCACCUUUAAAGCUCCCUUUCUUUGUAAUAAAGCAGAACGGCUUUCCUGAACCAGUGUUUGGACUCUGUAUGGGAAGGGGAUGUUCGGUACGAGCAUGUUGUGUGUGUGUGCCUGUAAUGCAUGACUAAUCCUGAAGCUGUGCUUUUUCCAGUUCACGUCAACAGACAUGCUUCGUUACUGUAACAGCAGCAGCUUUAAGGCAAGUGCAAUUCAACUUCCUCCACAGUGCUCAAGGAGAAUUGAUGCAUUUUUUACUGUCGGACACAUUGCGAUAUAUCUUAGGGAGCACAAAUGGACUAAACAGAAUAUGUUAGUGUGCUUACGGUGCUACAUAUUUCACAUAUCAAAAAGUAUGGCAUUGAAUGAGUUUUGGGCAGAAAAUCAUGCAUGAAGUAAAUUAGUAAUCUUGACGGAAAAAAAUGAUUCUAGUUUACAUAAUUCAACUUUAAAAGGAAAGUUCACCCAAAAAUGGAAAGUCUGACAUUGUUUACUCACCCUCUUGUCAUUCAAAACAUGUACGACUUUCCUUCUGAGGGACAAAAUGGUCAGUGGGGUCCAAAAUAACCCUAUUGGUCCC